AUGUUGGCUGCUGCUCAAAUUUCUUCUCUCAUCUUUUUCCUUUCGAUCGCCACCUUCCACUCACUUUCUCAAGCAACUGCUCCAAAUUCCGCGGACCCCAUUCUCUACGACAUUCUGCCCUUCAUACGCGUCUACAGAAACGGCACCGUUCAGAGAUUCAUCGGCCAGGAUUACGCCCCGCCGUCGCCAAACACCCCGGAUCCCGGCGGCGUCCUCUCCAAGGACGUCAAUGUCUCUGACAACUUAGGCCUGUCGGCCCGAAUCUAUCGCCCGUCCAGAAAACCCCACGGAUCCGGGAAACUCCCCCUCCUGAUCUACUUCCACGGCGGCGGGUUCUUCACCGAGUCCGCCUUCUCGCCGUCCUACCACCGCCACCUGAGCCUGCUCGCGGCGAGGGCCAGGGUUGUGGCUCUGUCCGUAAACUACAGAUUAGCCCCCGAAAACCCUCUCCCCGCCGCCUACGAAGAUUCCUGGCUGGCGCUGAAAUGGUCGUUGAACAGCACCGAACCCUGGCUCACCAAAUUCGCCGAUUUCGGGCGCCUUUACUUGGGAGGGGACAGCGCCGGCGCCAACAUCGCGCACCACAUGGCAAUCCGGGUCGGCUCGGAGAAUCCGGGUUUCAAAAUCAGUGGGAUGUUUUUGAACUGCCCUUACUUCUUGGGGAAGAGGACCAUUGGGAAUGAAUCGGCCUAUCCCUAUCUGAAGACCCAGAUGCAGAAACUGUGGCUCUACGCCUACCCGAACAACGGAUUGGGUCUUGAUAACCCGCUCGUGAACCCGGAUAAAGAUCCGAAUCUGAGCAAGCUGGGGUGCGGGCGGGUGGCUGUGUUCGUGGCUGGGAAUGAUGGGCUGAGGUUUAGGGGUCGGAGUUAUGUGGGGGCACUGAGAAAGAGUGAAUGGAAAGGGAAAGUCAGAAUUGUGGAAUUUAAAGGUGAGGAUCAUGUUUUCAAUCUUGGGAAACCGGACAGUCCUAAUGCCGUUCUAAUGCUCAAGCUGCUGGCUUAUUUUCUCAAUGCUCGGUGGGUUUAA